CAAUUUAAAAGCCAUAAAACAUCUAAAUAAGCUACAACAAUAUAGUAUGGCUAAGUUAAUAAUGAACUACUUCAUUGUUCUAACUCUCUUAGCAAUUUCUCCUCUAUGUUUUUCACACAAUACACAUGGUGGGUAUGGCUAUCUUAACCCUCAUUAUUAUGACCACUCUUGCCCACAAGUUCAUUAUAUAGUCAAGACUAUUGUCGCUAAGGCGGUAGCUAAGGAACGUAGAAUGGCUGCUUCUUUACUUAGACUUCAUUUCCAUGAUUGCUUUGUUAAGGGAUGUGAUGCAUCAUUGUUGCUAGACAGUAGUGGAAGCAUAGUUUCAGAGAAGGGUUCUAAGCCUAACAAGAACUCGGUUCGAGGGUUUGAGGUCAUUGACGAGAUCAAGGCAGCUGUUGAGAAAGCAUGCCCUCAUACUGUCUCUUGUGCUGAUAUCCUGGCUAUAACUGCUAGAGAUUCAGUUGUCAUUGCUGGCGGACCAAACUGGGAAGUGCCCCUAGGAAGAAGGGAUUCCAGAGGAGCAAGUUUGAGUGGAUCUAACAAUGACAUUCCUGCUCCUAAUCAAACUUUUAACACUAUUCUUACCAAGUUUAAACGCCAAGGCCUUGACCUUGUUGAUCUUGUUGCACUAUCAGGUUCUCACACAAUAGGCAAUGCAAGGUGUGUAAGCUUCAAGCAGAGGCUAUACAACCAAAACGGAAAUGGGCAACCCGACGCUACACUAGACCAUAUAUAUGCUUCAAAGCUGCGCAGCCAAUGCCCAAAAUCUGGUGGUGAUCAAAACUUGUUCUUCUUAGACUAUGAAACCCCUUUCCAUUUCGACAACAGCUACUACAAAAACAUCUUGGCAAACAAAGGAUUGUUAAAUUCUGACCAAAUUUUGUUAACAAAAAACCAUGCAUCAAUGCAAUUAGUGAAGCAAUAUGCUGAAAAUAUGGAGCUUUUCUUUGAUCAUUUUGCUAAGUCUAUUGUUAAGAUGGGUAAUAUUUCUCCAUUGAUUGGGAAUAAGGGUGAAAUUAGGCACAACUGCAGAAGGAUUAAUUCAUAUUAGUAAGGUUGUGAUGAUAUGUGUUUUGUUAUUGUUAGUUGUUUGUGUGGGAAAAAUGAUGUAAUUUAUUGUGUGUUUUGAUCUGUUUUUCAUGGGUUUUUGUUUGUGUGUUUGUUUAUGUCAAAAGAAAUUGUAUAUCAGUCUUUGAGAGUUGAAUGAACUACUCUUAAUCUAGUAUUGAUUUUCAUGAUUUGUGACUUU